CCUUCUCCUUCUCAUUCUCUACUAAUAUUCAUCAAUUCAUUGCAUCACCAACAAUCAUUCAACAACAGAGAAAAAAAAAACUCAAACAACAAAAUCACAGCAACACAAACCAUGGGUGUGGAUUACUACAAUAUCUUGAAGGUUGAAAAGAAUGCCACAGAUGAUGAGCUGAAGAAAGCAUAUCGAAAACUUGCCAUGAAAUGGCACCCUGAUAAAAAUCCCAACAAUAAAAAAGAAGCCGAAACCAAAUUCAAACAGAUAUCCGAAGCAUACGAGGUUCUAAGUGAUUCACAGAAAAGAGCAAUUUAUGAUCAAUAUGGAGAAGAAGGACUCAAAGGUCAAGUACCAGCACCUUCUCAAGAAGGUGGUGCUGGUGGAGCUUCAUUCUUCCAAACUGGAGACGGAGCAACGACGUUUAGGUUUAAUCCAAGAAACGCAGAUGAUAUAUUUGCUGAGUUUUUUGGGUUUUCAAGUCCGUUUGGAGGAAUGAGUAAUGGUGGAAGUGGUGGUAUGAGAGGUGGUUCUAGAUCGUUUGGUGGAAUGUUUGGGGAUGAUAUGUUUUCUUCGUUUGAUGAUGGUGGCAGCAGGACUAUCCACCGUCAGGGUCCUCGGAAGGCGGCUAAUAUUGAGAAUAGGCUGCCUUGUAGCCUUGAAGAGCUCUAUAAAGGUACCACCAAGAAGAUGAAGAUCUCAAGAGAAAUUGCAGAUGCAAGUGGGAAAACUAUGCCUGUGGAGGAAAUCCUAACAAUAGAAGUGAAACCAGGAUGGAAAAAGGGAACAAAAAUCACAUAUCCUGAGAAAGGAAACGAGCAACCAAAUGUGAUACCAGCAGAUCUCGUCUUCGUCAUUGACGAAAAGCCGCACAAUGUAUUUACAAGAGAUGGAAAUGAUUUGGUGGUGACACAGAAGAUAUCACUUGCAGAAGCAUUAACAGGUUACAAUGUUCGUCUCACAACAUUAGAUGGAAGGGUUUUGAACAUUCCUAUAAACAAUGUGAUUCAUCCAAACUAUGAAGAGGUUGUUCCAAAGGAAGGGAUGCCUAUUCCAAAAGAUCCUUCAAAGAAGGGUAAUCUUAGGAUUAAGUUUAAUGUUAAGUUUCCUACAAGGUUGACAUCUGAACAGAAAGCUGGGAUUAAGAAACUUUUGGCACCAUAGUGGAAUCACAAUGCAGUGUAUAGUUUUACAAUGUUAUCUCAUUCUUAUUUUUGUUUUGUUUUAGUUCUUGUUUAAAAGUAGUGUUAUUGAUAUAUGAGAAAAACCAUGGGAGGAUUUGAAGUCA